CUUUCAUGCUGCGCUGCGAUCGAUUAUUACGAGACAUUUGUUUUGAUAUGCGACGUCGCAUGACCCGAACAUUCUUUACAUGAAAACAUGUAUAAAUUGACUCAAGGUCCAAGCAAGUUCAAUAUUCAGAAGAGGAGGGGAUUACAGCAGCCAGUAGAUGAAGGAGAAAGUGGCCGUAGCAUGAUUAACCCACAGACUUCACCUAGACCUUCCUUUAGUAGUGCUGUUAUAUCUGGCAGAAAAAAAGAUCAUCACUCAAAACACUCACAUCUAGAACCAGGGCUUUCUGUCGACCACUUUGGACGAGACCACUAUGAACUAGUCAAGAUGUUAAAUGCAGAAUGGGAAAGAACACAAAAAGAACUCAAUGACUGUAGACAGGGAAGAAAAGGAACGUGUGUAGAGGAAUUUGUAGAUAAAGAAGAAAAUCCAUCUCUUAGAUAUUUCAAGCCAUUUGACUGGGACAGCCUAUGCCUUACAAGACUCAUGCCAGUUCUUGAUGGAGAAACGUAACCCACACCUUGAUACAACCCCAUCCAUAGCAAUAUGUCCAUCUCUUAGUACCUUAGAGGCAGAAAGUCAUUAGGACAUCUGUACAAAUUAUAUUGCAUUAAUGUCUUUCUGCCUCUCCAAGUAAUGUGAUGAUUCGAAGAAUGUACAGUAUAUUGUGUGUGUAUAACUUUGAUAUUGUUGGUGGGAUGAUAAGACAUUGUCAUCCAAUUUCUCGUGAUCUCUUUGAUGGGAGCUCAAGACUUAUUUUUUACUCUGUCAAAAUGCUAUCUCAUAACUCUGUUAAUUGUGUUAUGUUUGCCUUGUCUUUUAGCUCUCCUGAAAAGUUUAACCCCCCAUAAAAAAAAAGAAAUUUCAGGUACAAUGUUUUAUUGUCCCACUGACGAUAUAUUAAUGAACUUAUCCCUUUGAAGUGCGUGUACAUGCUUCACUUCUGAAUCCUUCUCAGGUUGAACCAAGCCUUUUUAUGAGUUGGAUCAUAAUGUCAUGCACUGAAUAUGAAUAUAAUCUCACAGAGAGAUAUAUAUACAAAAUUCUUAUGAAAGAAUAUAUAUAUUUUUUAUAGGAGGUUGUAAAAAUGCAAUAUAUAUAUAUAUAUGAUAGGCUUGCUAUUGAUGGAGGAGAAAGCAAAUGUGUUCACUUUGAAUUUGUAAUACUGGAUAUUACUUGUAGUUCCCUUAAUUUAUUCUUUAGAUGAAGGAUUAUCUUUAAGGGGGUCCUGGUUCAUAAAAUGUGAUUUAAAAAAGUUUCCUAUUAACCAAUGAAAUUGCAAGAUUUCAGUAACUUACAACAAGAUGUGUGUUUUGUAAUUGAUUACAAGCUUUUUGACCCAGGGCCGUAAUACAUUCAAGAAGGUAAUGAUAUUGUAUUGGGCAGUGACGGUAGUAUCCAUUUCCAAUACAAAUUUGCACAUUUAGAAAUCUGUAUCUAAGGUUGUAUGAAGGCGAUAUAUGCUGAAAAAAAAAUCAGCUCAAAACAUGGUUCCAUUCUAGUGGCAUCUGUUUAUCAUGAGUAAAAAAAAAAUGUUUUAAGAUGGCAGUCCUCUGAAAACAUGUUUUUUCCAGAAUGGUGUAGGGGAAAUCAUUUGAAAGCCAAGACAGUGCCAAGUUUGUUUAUCGAUGUCACAAUGCAGAUUUUGUAUUAAAAGUGCAAGAUGAUUGAUUUUUUCAUUUCUUGACACAAAAUCGCUUGCACAAUGCAAAUUAAAUUCCCUUUGAAGCUUUUAGUUUGUAAUGCAUGGAUGUUUGAUUUAAAUCUUUCUUUUGCCAAUUUAGGUGUCGAUUGGUCAACUUUAAUUUCAUUUGCUUGUGGGUUUUAAAAAUUGUUUUGAUUUGUUUGUACUUUUGCCUUAUUUCCCUCUCCCAGUUUUUUCAAUUUAUUUUUUUUUAUUCAAAGAAAGAUGUUUUUUAGUGAUUCUUUUUUUCAUUUGUAUUAUUGUGGUAGGUUGAUUGUGGUUUAGCAUGUUAACUCUUAAGCCAUUUUUGCCUAAGUUCACAGAUAAACUCAUAACAUGUUCUGCCUUGUCAGAACUGGACAGGUCAACAGCUUUUUGCAGUCAUGUAAAGAAAAAAACUGGCCGUCUUUGUUACAUGUUUGAUAAAUUGUACCUGGCCAGUAUUCAAAUCAAUACUCCAGCCAGAAUAUUAAGCAUUUUACUCAGUAUUUUGCAUAAGUAAUAUACUUAACCAUCUUUGGUAUUCAAUAUCAUUUUUUGGGCAAGUAUUUUGCUUAAUUCUAAGUCAGCUGCCUAUCAGACUUUGUGAGGCUUGCGUGCAGUUUACAAACAUGAUACACACAGUCAUACAUUCUGCACAUAGAUGGAUAUGUACAUUGCAUGUUAUUUGGCUCCAACUUUAUGAUGUCACAAUGGUUAUUAUUUUGCUUCAAUUUGGCUUGAUAAAGUAAAUAACUUAGAUGUCAUUUGAAUACGAGUAUAAGCAUUUUGCUGAGUAAAAUACUUUCUCAAACCAUACUUUCAAUUGAAUACUGGCCCUGUAUCUUAUUUACUACAUACCAUAUUGUGGUGAGCUUUGUUGCUUGUGUAUCCAGUGUUAACUAACAAGAUCUUUGCAAGAACAAAAUGCAAUGCAACUGUACACAGUAAAAAAAUUAUACAAUGCUGUUUACUAUAUGAACCUUACAGUAAUUGUUUAAAUAGUUUAAACAAGA